CAAGAAUGGAUUCGCGUCUGGGUCUGUUAAUCGCCCUGCUGCUGGCAGCCCUUCAAGCCUUUUCGGCCUUGGAGGCGCAAACCACCACAAACCCGAGUUCCACCACAGCGGAGAGCGGCCUGCUGCGGACAGUGCGGCACGUGUACGGCCAGUGCGCCGACAGCGAUGACAUCUUCUGGUGCUGCAAAGUCCAGGGUGCCCGCCUUCUGGGAAGAGCUCUGAAAGUCCAGCAGUUGGGCAUCAUUGAUGGAGUUAGUUUGGUGCGUCGAGAGUCCUUCAGUGCGGAUACGCGAAGUGGUCGUUCUAGCCUGGUCGAAAACCAGCUAAGCAAUCGAGAUCUGGAGCACAUGUCUGGAAAAAGUUUGGACGCUUUGCUGCUGGAACGUUUUCUCAGCUUUGUCCACACCCACCAGCUGCAAGUGAACCUGCCGAGGCUAUUGAAAUUUGGUGAAAGGAAUGGCCAGGACUGGCUCCAGAACAUCUACAACUAUUUCCUGCCUGGAAGCGACAGUGAAGGACGCAAGAAGAAGGAUGACAAGAAGUACUUGGGACCGUUUAUUGCCGCCGUUCUUCUGAAGACAGCUAUUCUUAAAAUGGCCUACCACUCGAUUGCGAUUGUGGCCGGAAAAGCGCUGAUAGUGGGGAAAAUAGCGCUAAUCAUCAGCGCCAUUAUCGGUCUAAAGAAACUGGUGGGACACGACGGCGGGGAAAAGACCACGUACGAGAUCGUGAAGCAUCCUCAGGUGCAACAGAGUCACACCUAUUCCUCCAGCCACCAGGGCGAGUACGACACGGGCGGCCACGACGGAGGCUCUUACCACCGCAGCAUCGAUGACGAGAUGAUGAUGCAGGACAAGGCCUACCAGGCCUGGAUGCCCCAGGUGGGUGCCUCUGCCACGCCCAAUGCCAAGGGGUCACGAUAAGUAGCCGCACAGCAUCCACCACCGGCCAGCAGCGGCUCCAGAACCAAAGAUCCCAAGGAACCUUAGACCAAUCUAUCCGAAUUUGUAUUUACUAUACUAUCGAAAGCCCUCCAGUUUAAGUUUAGUUAUCUUAGUUAAUAUGUUA